AAUCCCAUCCCUGCUUGGCUAGUCCAGCAGCUGUGAUCCCUCGACUCGUUAGCCCUUCCGGAUACAGUGGGAAGUUUUGCCCUUUCUUUCGCGAUCGAUAGGCUUGCCGUAUUCUGAGUCCUCGGAUUGGUGUGUGCGAUGUAUUGUAGUCUGCUGUGAUAUCUUGGGUUCGUCGGGCCCCAAUAAACAUGUUAUUGGAAGAGUAGGGAUGUGGAAGGUUCGUUGUAACUCUGUCAUGAGCUUGGCAGUUUGCUCGUGGACCAUUUGCGGGUUGAUUAAAUGGAAAGUAAAUUCAACGAGCAGGGCAUUGUUCUAAGUGGAGGAUAUGAACAAUGGGGUUGGUAGGAUUAUCAUAGGACGAAUUGUGUCAUGUAGCACCCAUUCUAAGUACUCUGUGUACUCUAUAAUUUGGGGAUUUUGGAGAUUUAUUGAUAUAAAUCAUUUGUUAGGCAGGCAAUGAGUGCGGUCAUAGGAGGAUACAAGCUUGGCAUUUUUCUUAAUAUUCCUCCUAUGUUUUGCUAACCCCACCCAUAGUCACAAAGUUUCCAGGUGGAUGGGGUCGGUGAAAGUGGUAGGGUCCUUGUGAAAGGUUUUUUCAAGGCGGGGACGAAAAUGACCCCGCGUUCCUGGGAUGGGGUCGACAUUUCUGGGUCGAGGAACAGUACCUUCGACCCCAAUUUCUAUGACUAUGAUCCCACCUGCUGAAGAUGAAUUGUGUGCAGAGCUUGUUGUCUGUGGUCUGGUCAACCAUGUUCAAGAAACCAGUUGAUGUGAAAACUGUACAGCGCUUAUCUGGAGCAGACAAAAAGAAGUUAAGAAGAACUGCCAAGGAAAGGUUUCCACAGGCAUCUGAUGCUGAUCUUGAUGCCAUUCUUCCUCCCAAGGGUGAGAUAACACUAGCUAAGUACCCAAAUCAUGCUCUUGUAUAUGCGAUAGAGGGGGAGUUCCCAAUGAUCUUCAACAUUGAUGCAAGAGGCCACGACCUGUUUCCAACAGUUUAUGCACUCUGGAAGGUCCCUCAUCUGUUGCCAGCUUUUACGCUUAAGGGUGGUGAGGUUUCACGGUAUGUGAUUGGUGGUGCUGAUCUGAUGUUUCCUGGUAUCAGCAUACCCCCAGAAGGGUUUCAUUCUUUUGAAGCUGGUCAACCAUGGGCAGUAAAAGUUCCCGGUAACCCUGCGCCAAUUGCUGUUGGGAUCACAACUAUGAGCAGUACUGAAGCCUUAAAGGCAGGGCUACGUGGCAAGGCUUUAAGGAUUCUACAUUACUACAGGGAUAUGUUAUGGGAUUCAGCUGAUGCUCGUUAUGUCCCUAAUGAAGGAUUUUUUGAAGACAUUGUUGUUGAAGAUCCAAAUUUUGUUUCAACAUCUCAAUCUCCUGAUUCAGCUGAAGGAACUCCAGAAGUCACACAUGAAAGUGAAGAUGCAGCAGUUGAUAGUUCAGACACUGCUGAUCCUGGCAUCCACAAUGAAGCUACAGAAGAGAUAACUGAUGGUAUAAAUGAACUCAAACUGCCUGAAGAUAAAUCCGCCGAACAGGCACCUGAUGAAAAGGAACAUCAGACUUUGACAACUGAAGAAAUUGAUUCUCUUUUGGACAAAUGCCUUCUGCAAGCACUGUACACAAGCAUAAAAGAAAAAGACCUUCCCAUGCCAGGAAGUACACUAUGGUCAAAUCACAUACUCCCCUGCAGGCCUCCAGGUGUUACUCUUGAUAUUAAAAAGUCAUCACACAAAAAGCUAUCCCAGUGGUUGCAAUCGAAAUCUUCAUCUGGCCUUAUUUCAGCAAAAGAGGAUAAGUAUAAGAAGGAAGUUAUAUUGCUAGGUAUCAACCGGAAGCAUCCAGACUACAUGGCCUUUAAACCGGAAAAGAGAGUACAGGAGCCUGUUGAACAGGAAAAGUCUGUUGCUGAAAGUAGUGUCACAAAACAAUUGGAAGUUGCUGAGAUUUAUAAGCCAAGUUCUCAUGUUAAACCCAUAUUUAUGGCUGUCGAAGCUGACAUGGAGAAGUAUUACAGUGCAUUAGAGGCUUCUGAUGUAGUUUUCAGGUACGUCGAAAAGGAAAAUUUGGUUAAGCCUACAGACAAGGCCAAAGUGAUUCUUGAUGUUACAUUAUGCGAUGCAUUGUACAAAGGAGCUAUCAAGAAGGGUUCAGCAUAUCCAACUGAGAUCCACAAGAAGGAUUUGGGGUCAACACUUUUAAACCGCAUGCAAGUUCACCAUAAAGUAACAAGAGGAACUCAGGAGGUCAUACGCAAGGGUGCCAUAAGAACUAUUCAGAUCAUGACAGAAAGAAGGCAGGGGAACAAGAAGAUGACUCGGCUUUCUGGACUGGAAUGCUUUUUAAUGGAUCCUGAUUCCUUGGCGUCUGAACUUCAGAAGAAAUUUGCUUGCAGCACCACCACAGCUGAGCUUCCAGGUAAGAAGGGGCAGUAUGAGGUCUUGGUUCAAGGUGGAGUGAUUGACGAUCUUGCAAAGCACCUUGUUGACCAUUACGGCGUCCCAAAGAGAUACAUUGAGGUUUAUGACAAAACAAAGAGGUAGGAAAGGAAGCUGAUCAGCUGAAGCUUUAUCCUGAUUGCCCAAUGCCUCUAGGUGUUCCGGCAGUACCGACCCGCCUUGUGCAAAUGCAUAACGAUCCCACAUGAUACUUUUUGGAGUCAUAUGUCUAGGAAUUAUUGUGACAAUAGUGUUGAGCUCAUAUGUUUCCUUUCACCCACUUCUGCCCUUCUGUUGGUCGAAAACUUUUGUGCAAGACAUGAGGCUUGCUUAUGUAACCGAAAGGUUUUGGUGCUCCAGUUUUGCAUAUCCAAUGUCAUGUCUAUCCAAUGUCA